AUGGCGUUGGUCAGCCAUAUUGUCUCUGAUACAGCAGAAAUCACACACUGGCACACACAUACACACAGAGGCGACGGAGGGAGGCGAGGAUCGUUGGCUUCACGAAAGUCAUCUUACUGGGAAGCAUUUCGGUCGUCGGAUUGAUCAAGGGGCUAUCCCACCUUGCCCCUGGUGGCCCCUCCCCCCCCAUCCUCAGGCAAAGCCUCCCCCCCCCAUCCCCAAACCCUUGCCCCGUUGGGUCAACCCCUACCUUCCCUCCUCUUCCUCCCUCUCUCCCACCCUUCCUCCCUGUACUUCCUCUGCUGCAGUAAAAUCUCCCCAUCAUCUCUGCCAAGCUGUCGGACAUGUCGGGACCCGUGCCAAGCCGGGCCCGAGUGUACACCGAGGUCAACACUCACCGGCCCAGGGAGUACUGGGACUAUGAGUCUCACGUGGUUGAAUGGGGAAACCAGGAUGACUUUCAAUUGGUGCGUAAGCUAGGGCGUGGCAAGUACAGUGAAGUCUUUGAAGCAAUCAACAUCACUAAUAAUGAGAAGGUGGUGGUGAAGAUACUCAAGCCUGUGAAAAAAAAGAAAAUCAAGCGUGAGAUCAAGAUUUUGGAGAACCUGCGUGGAGGUCCUAACAUAAUCUCCCUCAUCGAUAUUGUGAAAGACCCAGUAUCCAGGACGCCUGCCUUGGUCUUUGAGCAUGUUAACAACACAGACUUCAAGCAACUGUACCAGACCCUGACAGACUAUGACAUCCGGUUCUACAUGUACGAGAUCCUCAAGGCCCUGGACUACUGCCACAGCAUGGGAAUCAUGCAUAGAGAUGUAAAGCCACAUAAUGUGAUGAUUGAUCAUGAACACCGCAAGUUGCGCCUUAUUGACUGGGGUCUGGCUGAGUUUUACCACCCAGGACAGGAGUACAAUGUCAGAGUCGCCUCCCGCUACUUUAAGGGACCCGAGCUUCUGGUGGACUAUCAGAUGUAUGACUACAGUCUGGAUAUGUGGAGCUUGGGCUGUAUGUUGGCAAGCAUGAUCUUCAGGAAGGAGCCUUUCUUCCAUGGACAUGAUAACUAUGACCAGUUGGUGAGAAUAGCGAAGGUUCUGGGGACUGAAGACCUCUACGACUACAUUGACAAGUACAAUAUUGAGCUGGAACCUCGUUUCAACGACAUCCUGGGAAGGCAUUCUCGUAAGCGAUGGGAGCGGUUUGUCCACAGUGAGAACCAGCACCUGGUCAGCCCCGAGGCUUUGGAUUUCCUGGACAAGCUGCUGCGAUAUGACCACCAGGCCCGGCUAACUGCCCGCGAGGCCAUGGAUCACCCUUACUUUUUCCCCAUCGUGAAAGAUCAGUCUCGUGUGGCCGGAGCCAACCUGCCCAGUGGGAAUACAGCUGUUUGCACAGCCAACAUGAUCACUGGUAUCUCUGCCUUGCCAGCGUCCACUGCCCUGGGCCCUUUCACUGGCUCGCCGGUCCUCUCUGCCUCCACCAACAUCCUGAGCACCCCGGUGGCAGCUGCUGUCGGCGCCCCGCAGUGAUACCCCACCCAAAUCACUACACUCACCACCUUCUCCCCAGGCUCUCCAACACCACCUAGCAUAGGGGAGGGGGGUUACUAACCUACUGGCUGAAGGAAGCCGUCGUCUGAGAAAAGAACGAUGUUUUUCCGUUCCUUUUCCUCCUAAAAUGAACUUACAAGU